AUGAACACAUGGAGGCAUAUCUGGUGGAGGUACGCAAAAUUGAGAAACCAACUCUUGGGCCUAGAACUGCAGCAGGUGCCUCGCGGCACGAACAAGGAAGCCGACGAUAUCGCCAAGAGAGCGUCUAAGCGCCAGCCUCAAGAGGCCCGCAUCUUCGAGGAGUGGCUCUUCAAGCCUUCGGUAGCCCAUCCUGCUGUAGAGCCGACACCGCCUCAGGAGGAGCUCCCCCCAGCACCAACCUCGGGAGCCCCCGCCUGCAACCCGACCUUAGGGGCCCGCCUGCUCCUCGCGCCCGAGUCUCAGGAGGGGUGCUGGACUGAAGAGUUCAAGGCAUACUUGCUUCAGGGAACCCUGCCGGAGAAGGAGGAAGACGCGGAGCGCGUCGCUCGGCAGGCCAUUGCCUACUGCAUUGAGGACGGUGAGCUCUACCGAAAGCGACCAACCGAUUUUUCCUUGCGAUGCAUUUCUAGGAAGAAGGGGUGCGAGCUAUUAAGCAACAUACACGGCAGAGACUGUGGGCAUCACUCGUCAUCACGCACCUUGGUGGGCAAGGCGUUCCGCAGCGGAUUCUACUGGCCCACGACGCUCAAUGACGCCACCGAACUCGUAAGAUCCUGUGAAGCCUGCCAGUUCCAUGCCAAGCAGAUUCACUAG